UAGCUGCUGUCAUCAGCUGACCGCGGUCUUCAAGAGGUUGUAGCGGGACUCUUAAAUCAAAUAUCGCGUUGCUAGUUUGCCUAUCUUUCUGCAGAUUAACCAGGUUGGCUUUGCUCGAGGAAUAAAACGCGUUUAUAUAUGAAGUGGCAUUAACGUGACCAUGAGUUUGUUAUUGUUCAGCUCGAUAAAUUGACUCUUAAAAGAAAUACCAGAUUGCCAGCAUUGCUAGUGCUAUCUAUCUCUAGGUCGUUAGGGUCUGGUAACGAUAGCAAACGAAGGAGUUGUGUGUCCUUUGAGUUUUAAUCAGACCUAAAGCUGGGUGUCCUUGAUCUUAAUGCAGUAUAAUAGCCUACGAGUCUAGCAGCUACCGUUAGCUUGAUUAGCUAAUCUCUGCUCAAGUAACGUGUGUGUUGUUCAGGCAUUAAAGUGCGUAAGGGUGAAAGAUAAGUUAGCGUUAGCUAGUCCUUUAAUAAUACUAUGCUAACAAGCUAAGACUGGACAACUAUCUUAAUUCACACACGUUAACCGAGUAAACAUGCCACCCAAAAAACAUAGGAAUCCGUCAGUGAAUAUUUCUAGCUCGAUAGAGUCUGAAGAUUUCAGUUUGGAGACGACGGUACCCACGGAGGACAUCUCGUCAUCUGAUGAAAAGGACAAAUCGCAGAAAAUCAAACAAAUCAUUGAGCGUAAAGAGCUGCUGCACAACCUUCAGCUUCUGAAAAUAGAGUUGUCUCAGAAAAACCUCAUUAUUGAUAAUCUGAAAGUCGACCACUUGACAAAGACGGAGGAAUUGGAGGAGAGGCUGAAUGAUGCUUUGCACCAGAAGCAACUGCUGGCGCUUCGGCUGGACAGCCAGCUCAAAAUGCAACAUGAUGAUCACAGGAAGCAGCAGGCCCUGCGUAAGCAGGAGAUGGACGCCAUCUUGCUGCGGCAGAAGCAGCUGGAGGAGACCAAUCGGCAGCUGGGCGAGAAGGCCGGGGACCUGCGGCGCAGCCUGCGCGACCUGGAGCUCACCGAGGAACGGUACCUGGAGCUCAGGGAGCUGCCCGAAGACAAGCUCUCCAUCUCGGAGUAUGUGGCGGUGCGCUUCUAUGAGGUCGUGACCCCUCUGAGAUCGCUGGUGACGGAACUUCAGGGGAGGAAGAAUGCCCUGUCGGAUGACGUCGAGAGCAACAGGGGGCAGCUGAAGUCUCUGAUGGAGAGUUAUGAGGAGGAGAGGAGGCUGCGGACGGAGCUGGAGCUGCGGAGCCAGCGUCUGACCCUGGAGCUGGCCGACACCAAGCAGCUCAUCCAGGAGGGCGACUACAAGCGGGAGAACUACGACCGCAUCAGACGGGAGCGAGACGCGUUUGAGGCAGAGCUGAGGGAGCUGAGGAAGAGGCUGGAGAUGCUGGACCUCACACACUCCGCCCAGACCAAGGAGAAGAAUGACCUGCUCAAGGAGGCGGCGUCCCAGCAGCAGGCCCUGACGCUGCUGCAGAAGGACAAGGAGUACCUGAACAGGCAGAACAUGGAGCUGAGCGUGCGCUGUGCCCACGCAGAGGACCGCACAGAGCGGCUGCACACGCAGCUGGACGACGCCAAGCGGGCGCGAGAGGACGCCUACGACAGAUACCUCACCUCCAGGGACCACUAUAAGAGCGAGUACGAGAGCAAACUCCGUGACGAGCUGGAGAACAUCCGCCUGAAGACCAGCCAGGAGAUGGAGAGUCUGCAGCGCACAUCCAAGGAGAUGUACGAGCGCGAGAACCGGAGUCUGCGUGAGAUGAGGGACAGUGCUCUAUUGGAGAAGGAGCGGGCCGUGGGCGCCGAGAGGGACACGCAGGCCAAACACGACCAGCUGCUGGACCAGUUGCGUCAGCUGCAGCUGGGCUCAGACAGUCGUGGGUCGGAGCUGCUGAACCAGCUGAAGCUGAAGACGUUUGAGUUGGAGCGCGCUCAGAUGGUGCAGGAGGAGACGGCCCGCUCCCUCAGCCUGUGUCAGAUGGAGUGUGAGAAACACCAGAAGAAACUCGAGGUGUUGACUAAAGAGUUCUAUGAGCUGCAGUCGUCGUCGGAGAAGCGUGUGGUGGAGCUUCAGUCUCUGGUCAGUGAGCAGCAGGUCCGGCUGGAGACCUACGAGAGACUGGAGCAAGAGCUGGACGAUGUCACCAUGCAGGCAGCAGAGAUGGUCACUGAGGAAGAGGCUGAGAGGGUCCUGUUCUCUUAUGGGUAUGGUGCCAACGUGCCCACCACUGCCAAACGGCGACUCAAGCAAAGUGUUCACCUUGCGAGGAGAGUUCUGCAGAUGGAGAAACAGAACACACACCUGCGGAGAGAUUUGGAAAAGCAGAGUGCUCACACAAGCAAAGUCACCAAAGAGCUGGAGGCAGCCAAUCAGCUCCUGGAGCAGGCCCAGCAGCCCUACAGCUACCUGAUCGAGACGGUCAAGCAGAGAGACGGACAGAUCCAGCAGCUCAAGGAGCGCAUCAGCACACUGGAGGAGGAGUCAAGUGCGCUGAAGAAGGAGAAGACCAAUCUGCUGCAGGUGAAGAACAACAUGGCCGCUGACCUGGAGCGGCUCCUCAAUCAUCGAGAGGAGCUGUCCGUGAUGAAGCAGGUGCUGCUCAGUAUGCGCUCUCAACAGCAGGGUGACUUCCUGGCCCCUCCUGACCCUGGGGUCGUCGCCGCGGCAACUGGGGGCGCCACGCUACAGCCCCGCCGCAUCAGCCCCGGACCUGGACGGGGGGAUGACCCCACUGACCUUCGACCCAAACCGACUGUGUUUACCAAUAAAGGAGUUCCAGAACGGUACAGAAAAGCCAAGAGUCAGACUAAAUGACCAAUGUCUUCCUGACCAGCGACAUUAAGACCAGCGACCCUUUGACCAACGACCCUGGCCAUGGCACAGGGCUUUCUCCUAUGAUUCACAGACGAUUUACAAGAGACUUUUAAGAGCCAUGAAAUUGCUAUGUGUGUGUGUGUGUGUGUGUGUGUGUGUGUGUGUCUGUUUUACACUGAUUUGUCACUGCUAAGUCGAGUUUGUCUGACUCAUUUUGGUUGGUGCUUUUCGUUUUUAUACUGUGUGAAAUUGUACAAAUGUUUUGAUAAAAUGUGAACAGAUUUUGUUUUUCUUUUUACAGAAAAUUACAUACUUUGUAUUUAUUUGUGAAAGAAUUUGCUUCAUGGAUGCAAGUAAAGUGUUAUUUUAGACUGUA